AUGGGCUCUGUUCAAGAAGCUAUUCACCAUGGCAUGAUUGCCGCCGAUUUUCUUUGGACCACUAAACGAGUUGUCCAGGCUAUCGAGCUGUGGAACGAGUGCUUAACACUACUAAACAACAAAAUCUUAGAAAACGAACAUGAACUUGCCACAAUAGUGCGUAUAGCGCUGAACAAGAGGCUGUUUUAUGGAAAUGCUGCUAUUACGAAACUUUCACCAGCUAUAGAAUCUGGCAAAAAGCUUUUAGUCCUACUUCGUAAACUUAGGAGAAAAGAAAAAGAAGGUAACACAGCCUUGAUGUUAUCACAACUGUACUUCCAAAAAAGUGAAUACCAGGAAGCACAAGCAGUCCUCAAAAUUGCACUCUGCGUUUACAAAGAAAUCGAAGACAAAGACGGAGAAGCAUCAUGCUACGUAAACCUAGGAGCUGUGUUUCUAUCUGUGGGAGAAUAUGCCAAGGCUGAAGAAUAUCUUCAUAAAGCACUUACCAUCAACACAGAAAUUAGCAACAGAAACGUAGAAGCGAAAUGCUACGGAAACCUAGGAGCUGUGUUUCUAUCUGUCGGAGAAUAUGCCAAGGCUGAAGAAUAUCUUCAUAAAGCACUUACCAUCCACACAGAAAUUGGCGACAGAAAGGGAGAAGCGACAUGCUACGGAAACCUAGGAAAUGUGUUUCUAUAUGUCGGAGAAUAUCCCAAGGCUGAAGAAUAUCUUCAUAAAGCACUUACCAUCCACACAGAAAUUGGCGACAGAAACGGAGAAGCGACAUGCUACGGAAUCCUAGGAAAUGUGUUUCAAUCUGUCGGAGAAUAUGCCAAGGCUGAAGAAUAUUUUCAUAAAGCACUUACCAUCAGGACAGAAAUUGGCGACAGAAACGGAGAAGCGACAUGCUACGUAAACCUAGGAAAUGUGUUUCAAUCUGUCGGAGAAUAUGGCAAGGCUGAAGAAUAUCUUCAUAAAGCACUUACCAUCAACACAGAAAUUGGCGACAGAAACGGAGAAGCGACAUGCUACGGAAACCUAGGAAAUGUGUUUGAAUCUGUCGGAGAAUAUGCCAAGGCUGAAGAAUAUCUUCAUAAAGCACUUACCAUCAAGACAGAAAUUGGCGACAGAAACGGAGAAGCGACAUGCUACGGAAACCUAGGAAAUGUGUUUCGAUCUGUCGGAGAAUAUGCCAAGGCUGAAGAAUAUCUUCAUAAAGCACUUACCAUCAACACAGAAAUUGGCGACAGAAACGGAGAAGCGACAUGCUACGUAAACCUAGGAAAUGUGUUUCUAUCUGUCGGAGAAUAUGCCAAGGCUGAAGAAUAUCUUCAUAAAGCACUUACCAUCAAGACAGAAAUUGGCGACAGAAACGGAGAAGCGACAUGCUACGGUAACCUAGGAAAUGUGUUUAAAUCUGUCGGAGAAUAUGCCAAGGCUGAAGAAUAUCUUCAUAAAGCACUUACCAUCAGCACAGAAAUUAGCAACAGAAACGGAGAAGCGACAUGCUACCUAAACUUAGGAAAUGUGUUUCAAUCUGUCGGAGAAUAUGCCAAGGCUGAAGAAUAUCUUCAUAAAGCACUUACCAUCAAGACAGAAAUUGGCGACAGAAACGGAGAAGCGACAUGCUACGGUAGCCUAGGAAAUGUGUUUGAAUCUGUCGGAGAAUAUGCCAAGGCUGAAGAAUAUUUUCAUAAAGCACUUACCAUCAACACAGAAAUUGGCGACAGAAAGGGAGAAGCGUCAUGCUACGUAAGCCUAGGAAAUGUGUUUCAAUCUGUCGAAGAAUAUGCCAAGGCUGAAGAAUAUCUUCAUAAAGCACUUACCAUCGACACAGAAACUGGCGACAGAAACGGAGAAGCGACAUGCUACGGAAACCUAGGAAAUGUGUUUCGAUCUGUCGGAGAAUAUGCCAAGGCUGAAGAAUAUCUUCAUAAAGCACUUACCAUCAACACAGAAAUUGGCGACAGAAAGGGAGAAGCGACAUGCUACGGAAACCUAGGAAAUGUGUUUUAUUCUGUCGGAGAAUAUGCCAAGGCUGAAGAAUAUCUUCAUAAAGAACUUACCAUCAACAGAGAAAUUGGCGACAGAAACGGAGAAGGGUUAUGCUACAGAAACCUAGGAGCUCUGUUUGUACAUGUAGGAGAACAUGGCAAGGCUGAAGAAAAUCUCCAUACAGCACUUACCACCAACACAGAAAUUGGCGACAAAGACGGAGAACCGUCUCGCUACCUUAAGGUAGGAAACACAUCUCAAGCCUUAUCGGAUCUCUGGUCAAGCAUUCAAAUUUACGAGAAAAUGCUUACUUCUCUAGGAAGCAAAGAUAGCCACAAUAUAUCAUUUUUUGACAAGAACGCGUCUCCCUAUCGGCUGUUUUGUUCAUUGAGUUGUUCUUGUGGGAAACCCUAUGAAGCUUUACACGUUGCUGAACUUGGACGGGCCAGAGCUCUAGCAGAACUUAUGUCAAAUCGCUACUCCAUUGAAAAAGAAAUAUCCAUCAACCCACAAUCGUUUGUUGGCAUCGCGGAAGUAAUUAAGAAAAAUGGCAACAGCACCUGCCUAUACAUCUCCUACCACAAAGACAAUAUAUUUUUGUGGGUUUUGAAACAAAGCAAACCGGUAGCUUUCCGAAGAACGAAACUUUGUGAAAGCUAUGUUAGCAAGCAUGGCAAAAUCUGUGUACGUGACCUGUUUGGAAACGAAAGCUUAUUAAGAAAAUUUCACGUUUUACCUCAAGAGCAAUGCGAAGACCGAUCACUCUUCUCUUCAUUCGCCAACCAACUUACAAACGAAUCAAAUCUGGAAGAUAGUCUCUCAACCUUGCGUCCUCUUUUAGAUGAGGGAGAAGUAUACACGGACCCUGAACCGCCAACACUUUUUCAGGUUUACAACAUGUUGAUUGCUCCCGUGAGUGACUUGCUAGAAGGAUCUGAAAUCAUUGUUGUUCCUGAUCGCUGCUUCUUCCAAGUUCCGUUUGCAGCAUUACACGAUGAAAGUAGCCGCUAUUUAUCAGAUUCUUUCAGGAUACGAAUUGUCCCUUCUUUGACGACUCUCAAGCUCAUUCUGGACAGUCCAGCCGACUCUCACAGCGAAACUGGUGCAUUGAUUGUGGGUGAGCCAAGAGUGACGGAUGUGUAUUUCAAGGGAGUGUUAAGGUAUCUCUGUCCAUUACCUGGCGCGAAAGGGGAAGCAGAGAUGAUUGCGAGACUACUACCUGAAUCUCACCUUUUAAUAGGAGAGCAAGCAACAAAGGAGGCGGUUCUUCAGAGAAUACCCUCAGUGAGCCUCGUACAUUUCGCUGCUCAUGGUGAUGCCGAAAGAGGAGAAAUUGCUCUUACCCCUGCUGACUCCACAGUGGAGUUUCCACACGAAGCAGACUACUUACUGUCAAUGACCGACAUUUCACAAGUUAGACUGUCAGCCAAACUGGUGGUCCUUAGUUGUUGCCAUACCGCACGUGGACAGAUCAAAACAGAGGGCGUUGUUGGAAUCGCUCGAGCAUUCUUAGGAUCGGGUGCACGCUCAGUGUUGGUGGCAUUGUGGGCCUUACAAGACAGAGCAACAGAGGAGUUCAUGGGAAGAUUCUACGAAAACCUUGUCCAAGGGAAAAGUGCAAGCGAAAGUCUUCACCGGGCCAUGAAGUGGAUGCGAAAUAACGGUUUCUCAGAAGUGAGGCAGUGGGCACCUUUCAUGCUGAUUGGGGAUGACGUGUCAUUUCACUUUGGUGAAGAAAAGUGA